AUGACCUGUUCCUGCUUCCAGGCGCUAAUCCUGGCGCUGGGACUGGUGGCCGGCUUGCAACUGCUUUAUUUGGCCCUGCUCUCCGGGCUGCAUGGACAGGAACAGCGCUCUCGCUAUGCCCAGCUUUUCCAGACUCGCCAUGCCUUGCCAAGCAACGGGCACAAGCAGAGGCUCAAGCCGGUGCUGGCCAGUGGAGGCAGCCUGGAUGCCAGCGGGCAGUACCGCAUCUACCGGGACAUGCUGCGGGCCUCUUGGGACGACCAGCACCGGCAGGACGUGGUGCUGGUCACCCACACCAGCCUGGGCAACCUUCACCAUGCCCAGCAGCUGGUGGAGCGCUGGCAAGGACCAGUCUCGGUGGCCCUCUUUGCGCCAGGCUCUGACGACGUGCGCCAGGCCACGGCCAUGGUGUAUGCCUUAGCCGUCCUGUGUGCCCCUCUCCGGCAGUGGCUUCGCCUGCACCUGGUGUGUCCUGCCAACCAAAUGGCUUCCUUCCCCGAGCCGGACCAGGACGAGGGGGAAUUGGCCCGCCUCCGGUCUUGCGGAGAUGUUUUUGCCAAGCUGGCACAGCUAGGGGCCGGCCGGCGUAACUAUGCCAUGGAUGUUGCCAAUGCUUCAUACCCCAACAAUCUUCUGCGCAACGUAGCCCGAGGGGCAGCCGGUGGGUACUGGGCGCUGGUGGUCGACAUGGAUAUGGUGCCCAGCGAAGGUCUGCGGGAAGACUUCCUGGCCUUGCCUAAAGCCACCGAUGAGGGGACGCCGCGGGUGUUUGUGGUGCCGGCGUUUGAGAUCCGUCACACGCGCCGGAUUCCGGCCAGCAAGACGGAACUGGUACAGCUGUAUCAAGUGGGGGAGAUCCGACCGUUUUACGAGGAAUUGUGCCCCCGGUGUCAGGCUCCCACAAACUUUUCCCAUUGGUUGAACCUUCCCGUGGGGGGCGCCCUGCGUGUGGCCUACGAGAUGGCAUGGCGAGAUCCUUGGGAGCCCUUCUAUGUGGGUGCCACCUCAGUGCCUCCGUACGAUGAACGUUUCAAGCAGUACGGCUUUAACCGGAUCAGUCAGGCCUGCGAACUCCACAUUGCCGGCUACCAUUUUGCAGUGCUGAGCAAUGCCUUUUUGGUUCAUAAGGGAUUCAAGGUGGCGGGUGAGUUCCAUGCACAAAAGGAUGCUGAGAACCAGCGCAACAAGAUCCUCUUUCGACAGUUCAAGCAGGAGCUGAAGAGCAAAUACCCAGACUCGCCACGGAGAUGUUGAAAUGCACUUUAAUUUUGCUGACUUUAACUUCAGCUACUUUGGACUUGGAGUAGAGCUACAGACAAGAUGAGAACAAACUCUGUUUGCAGUAUAAUUGUAUGAACAAGCUGUGGGUCAUUUUUCAAUUACUAAAGACAGUCUGUGUCAUUGAUUUCACUUCUGCACUGCGUUAGUCAGUUUCUGACUGUUACUAUGGGCUGACAGAAUAAGAUCAAAGGCUAUGAAAGGAUGGUGUGAGAACAUGGAAAAGAGCUUUCAGUUUUGAACUCUUUGAGACAUGAAAUAGUAAAAUGUAGACCAUUGUGCAGCGAGAUUUUUCCGCUUUGUGCCUGACCUUCCUUCUUCAACUGGUCACCUCAGUGUCUUGUUCUGCACAACGAGAAGGAUUGCAUAGGUCCUGGAAGAGAAGUGCUUAAUUUAUUUCUGUACCUUAAAAUUACAAACCACCUGUUAAUUAAAGUGAACAAUUUCAAAUCUGUUCAUUUUCUACCAGUCCGUAUUUUCAGAGCUUCCAGUGAACCAUAUCAGCAACUGUGUUAUGUCCUUAUUUAUAAUCAGUUUGUGCAAUCUUCUUGCACAAUGUA